UGAAAGGCAGUCUCUCUCAGCCCAUCAACAAUCGAGAUCUAAAGUGCAACUAUUUACUCAACGCAACAGGAGAUGGAUGACAACGUUUUCGACGCUUGGAAGAUUUGUUGGCAGGUCAACUUACACUUCCACAAAAGGGUUUCGUCGAAACCACUCAAAUGCAUUGUCUGUUCACAGACGAACUCGGAGGUCCAUGGCAGCAUGAGAUCGACCUUCUGGGUUGAAGCUACGAGGUGCUCCGCAGGUCACAGACAAGUAACAUUUGCCGAGACACAACUGCCAUAUGCUCUCGGAGUUUGUGCAGUUUGCGACCAAAAUUAUAUGUUGGAUGUAGUGAGAGGCAAACACGGCUGCAGAAGGGAAGGCUGCCGGAGAGCUGUACGGGUACAUGAAGCAGAAAUCCACGCAAAGCUGCAGUCAGAUGCGGAACUACUACAAAACUUUCUCGCUAUUUUCAAGCGGUUUCGAGUGUACGAAUGUGCCAUCCAUUGUGACGAGGUUUCAUAUGGCGCGAAUACAUCUGUUGCCCUCAAGUCUCCAACACCACAAUGCAACCACGAUCGCAAUGUCUGCAAUGACUGUAUGAAAACUACAUAUGAGGGAGCAGUCCGAGGUGGACGACUUCAAGAUUUGGUGUGUCUCGACACAGAUUGUAAAAAAACUUUGCCUCUGCAGUCACUACGGCAAUAUGUAUCAACCGAGGUAUUCAAGAUCUAUAAUAAGAAACUUGCACUUGCCCUCAUCUCCAAGGAUGAGAAGUUCAGGUGGUGCGUGUGUGGCCAUGGCCAAAUCCAUGCAUUAGGAGAGAGUAAUCCAGAGUGGAAUUGCCUGUCUUGCAAGCGACGCCAUUGUUACAUCUGCCGAGACGAAUCCUCCGAGCUCUGCGAACACCUGAGAAGCAUCGACACUAAGAGGCAAAUACAAAAGAACCAGCAAAGGCAAGCUGCCAUAAAAGUAUUCGAAGCAUCGGCACAUAGAGCACGUGAGAACGAGACAGCAACGAAACGAGAAAUUGCGCGAACGACAAAGAAGUGUCCCAAGGCAGGAUGUGGCAACAAGAUCGAGCGGAACGAGGGAUGUGGUCACUUCACUUGCAAAAAAUGCUCUACGGAGUUCUGCUGGUGCUGUAAAGUCAUUUGGAAGAACAAACAGGUGUUACAUCUGGCUGGAUGCAAGAUUGGCACGAAGUCAACGACGUCGAAGGCUAGUCUGGACAGGACUGGAUAUGCCGUUGGGUGGGAUACGGACCUCGGCUAUGAUGUUUCACUUGACCAAGGACUUUGGUUGAUUGAAGGACACCAGUAGUGAAGUCAAGCCCAUGUAUUGUCCAAUUCGCAAAUAAAAAGAUACACUAAUCUUAAACUCGUGGUUUUGAUCUCCGUACCAGAGUACCAUCUUUCGGAGUCCGACGCAAACCGAGAAGUGGAGCUGCACGCCCUUUGAUAACGUAACGCGAAAGCCCCCAUUCUUGAGAAGUCCCGACGUCU